CUGGAAGUGCGUAUAUAAUAUAAGGCACCUUUGGGCGACAGGGAGCAUUGUUUGUUUCGGAACCAGAAGCCCGAGUUAGUAAUGUACCGCCUUUCAAACCUGCAUCGGACUUGAUUGUUUUGCAUUGACUGGAAAAAACAUCGCGUAGCUGUUAUAUAUAUAUAUAUAUAUAUAUAUAUAUAUAUAUAUAUAUAUUUUUUUUAAAUAAACCGGAGGUUUGGAAAACAAAGAGGAGGUCCCAGAAGUUUUCGAGCUUCGCCCACAUCACCUUUAUCCUCAUGGAAAUGUAGACUUAUCCUGAACAAGAAUGGUCUGGGGGUAGUUAUAUGGAGUCUGAGUUGGACCUGGGAGCAGUUUUGGGAAGGAUAAAGGUGGGAGACACAGUUGAAAAACUUUGCCUUGUUCCCUGCAUAAGAACAAGGCGGUGACUGAGCUGGACUUUUGGAAAGCAAUCUUUACUGCGCAGAUUUGUAAAAUCCGAGAUGCGCCUGUUGAGCACGUCGUGCGGAUGUAACCGCUCAGAAAUCCGAGGGAGAGCAGAGAAGUCCGGUAUGAUGCUUUUACUUUUCCUCCUCGCGGUCGUGCUGUCCUGUCACGGCUGUCCGGGCAGAUGCUUGUGCUCUUCACAAACUGUGAAAUGCCAAAACCAGGACUUGGACGAGAUUCCGCAUUUUUUACCGGCCAAUACCAAAAUUCUGUUUGUCACAGGAAACAACAUUUCCCGUAUUAGUGUGGACUCUUUCCCAACCGUCCUGGAUCAGCUAACAGAUCUCUAUCUCAGUGGGAAUGAGAUCGAGUCUGUGGAUGAAAUGGUAUUUGUCAACUUGCCAAACCUUGUGCGGCUGGACUUGAGCAACAACAACAUCCAGAAUUUCAGUGAAAGAGCUUUCUCUGAUGAUAAUAAACUGCAGAUCUUAAACCUCAGCAGGUCUUUUCACAAUCAUUCCUUCAACGAAGUGGUUGUAAGUGUCCUACAGGGUGGAAACCUCCUUGCGCUGACAGUCUUGGACUUGUCCAACAAUGACCUUGCGAUUCUUCCGGGCGACACAUUCAUCAGCCUCCCCAACCUGGUCAACCUCAGCCUGCAGAACAGCUCCAUCAUCUCCAUCCAGAACGGGACGCUGAAGGUGCCCCCGCUGCGUGACCUUGACCUGAGGGACAACAGCUUGAGGAAUCUACCAACCACCACCCGAGCAGAGUUCAGCCUCAAGCCUGGUCUCCACAUCUGGCUGGCGGGGAACCCCUGGCGCUGCGACUGUUCCAUUGAGGAUACGUUGUUUUGGCUGAAAAACUCCACUCAGGUUGGUGACACGCAGAACCUGACCUGCUCAGACCCAGACACCCUGAAACACCAGCCGCUCCUGCAGGUUGAGCCGUCACAGCUGAAAUGUGCCAUGGGCAACAUGGAGGGCGCGCUGGAGACCUCUUACGUUUUCUUGGGGCUGGUGCUCGCGCUGAUCGGCGUCAUAUUCCUGCUGGUGCUCUACCUGAACAGAAAAGGCAUCAAGCGGUGGAUGUACAACAUCCGGGAUGCUUGUAGGGACCACAUGGAGGGGUACCAUUACAGGUAUGAGAUAAACUCUGACCCGCGUUUGGCCAACCUCAGCAUCAAUUCGGAUGUGUGAUCCAGGAUGGGACGCUGUCUGGGACCCCGCAGUGAGAUAUGAAACAACUUAAACUGUCACGAUUUGCAUGAAAGUCUUCCUCCCCUUCCCCUUUUCCCCCAUGAUGCUGUUCAGAAUUGACAUCUGUUAUGACUCCUAAUCUCACAACCUCCAUUCAGCAACUGCCGCAUGUCCUUUACAAGUAUCUGGCAGCUCUGAUGUCAACUGCAUUUCCUCCGUGUUACAUUGCAUGGACAAUGAAUCCUGGCAAAGGUUUUUUUUUGUUUUUGUUUUUGGAGAGUUGCAAAGAAUGAUAUGCUCUAUUUUUACUUCUCCUAAAUGAUAAACAGAUGGAGUACAUUGACUUCUAAGUGAAAGAAUACCAGGCAAAAACACAUUGCAUCCUUCGCAUUCUUCUUCUGCUGCAGAGAAAUGUUGUACCUCUUCUUUAUAAGUUUGUUCUUUUAAUAUGUGAAUUUGUGAUAUACACUAUGCCUUUAUGUUGAAUGAUUAUAGUGCACAUUGCAUAGUUUUUGGAUUUAGUAGGUGGAUGUGAUUGCUUUUUUUUUCUGUGAAGAUAUUCAGCUAAAUAA